AUGAGCCGCCCAAAUUCUGCCCUCAUGACUUCGCACCCACAGCCGCAGCUACCGCCGCUGCCCCCGGCGCAGAUCAACAUCUUCCAGGUUGACGCAGCGCUCAGGACGUGGCGGCGGCUGUUUCUGCAGAUACGCGGGCACUGCAUCUGCGGGGCGUACGAGAUGCGCGGCAUAUGCGGCCACAUUGUCCACGAGGAGACGGUGCUGUGCGGCGAUACGCGGACGCGGUCGGGCGAGGCCAAGUGCUGCCAUCCGGAGCUGCCCGUCCAUCUUACCAAGGGCUAUCUCCUCAGGAUGGUGUGCGAGGACUGCUACGACGGACCGUGA